AAUGGAUUGGGCAAGUCAGUUAUGUGAAAACAGAAGCUUAGGAUCCAAGAUGACCGACUCAAAAUAUUUCACCACCACCAAGAAAGGAGAGAUCUUUGAGCUGAAGGCUGAGCUGAACAGCGAUAAGAAGGAGAAGAAGAAGGAGGCAGUGAAGAAGGUGAUCGCCUCCAUGACCGUGGGUAAAGACGUCAGUGCGCUGUUUCCAGACGUGGUGAACUGCAUGCAGACGGACAACCUGGAGCUGAAGAAGCUGGUCUACUUGUACCUGAUGAACUACGCCAAGAGCCAGCCAGACAUGGCCAUCAUGGCCGUCAACACCUUCGUCAAGGACUGCGAGGACCCGAACCCUCUGAUCCGAGCGCUGGCUGUGCGCACCAUGGGCUGCAUCCGCGUGGACAAGAUCACAGAGUACCUGUGUGAACCCCUGCGCAAGUGUCUGAAGGACGAGGACCCGUACGUGAGGAAGACGGCGGCCGUGUGCGUGGCCAAACUGCACGACAUCAACGCCCAGCUGGUGGAGGACCAGGGCUUCCUGGACACGCUCAAGGAUCUGAUCUCCGACUCCAACCCCAUGGUGGUGGCGAACGCUGUAGCCGCUCUGUCCGAGAUCGCCGAGUCGCAUCCUAACAGCAACCUCCUGGACCUGAACCCUCAGACCAUUAACAAGCUGCUGACGGCCCUGAACGAGUGCACCGAGUGGGGGCAGAUCUUCAUCCUGGACUGUCUGGCCAACUACACGCCCCGAGACGACCGCGAGUCCCAGAGUAUCUGCGAGAGGGUGACCCCGCGGCUGUCUCACGCUAACUCCGCCGUGGUCCUGUCGGCCGUCAAGGUGCUCAUGAAGUUCAUGGAGAUGCUCCCCAAAGACCUGGACUAUUACGGGACCCUGCUGAAGAAGCUGGCGCCCCCUCUGGUCACCCUGCUCUCCGCAGAACCCGAGCUGCAGUACGUGGCUCUGAGGAACAUCAACCUCAUCGUCCAGAAGCGGCCCGAGGUCCUGAAGCACGAGAUGAAGGUUUUCUUUGUGAAAUAUAACGACCCGAUAUACGUCAAACUGGAGAAGCUGGACAUCAUGAUCCGCCUGGCGUCUCAGGCCAACAUCGCGCAGGUCCUGGCCGAGCUGAAGGAAUACGCCACCGAGGUGGACGUGGACUUCGUCCGUAAAGCCGUCCGCGCCAUCGGCCGCUGCGCCAUCAAAGUGGAGCAAUCGGCCGAGCGCUGCGUCAGCACCCUGCUGGACCUCAUUCAGACCAAAGUCAACUAUGUGGUGCAGGAGGCCAUCGUCGUCAUCAAGGACAUCUUCCGCAAGUACCCCAACAAGUACGAGAGUGUGAUUGCGACACUGUGUGAGAACCUGGACUCCCUGGAUGAGCCCGAGGCGCGAGCGGCCAUGAUCUGGAUCGUAGGAGAAUACGCCGAGAGGAUCGACAACGCGGACGAGCUGCUCGAGAGCUUCCUGGAGGGCUUCCAUGACGAGAGUACACAGGUGCAGCUGCAGCUCCUCACCGCCAUCGUCAAGCUGUUCCUCAAGAAGCCGACUGAGACCCAGGAGCUCGUCCAGCAAGUGCUCAGUCUGGCCACACAGGACUCUGAUAACCCUGACCUGCGCGACCGCGGCUACAUCUACUGGCGCCUGCUGUCCACCGACCCGGUGGCGGCGAAGGAGGUGGUGCUGGCCGAGAAGCCUUUGAUCUCUGAGGAGACGGACCUGAUCGAGCCCACGCUGCUGGACGAGCUCAUCUGUCACAUCGGCACGCUCGCCUCCGUCUACCACAAACCCCCCAGCGCCUUCGUCGAGGGCAGUCGAGGGGUGCAGCACAAACGCCUUCCUGCCCGCACCGGAUCUGGCGAGAGCCCUGAAAGCCCUGAUGUCAGCCAGACGGUGGGCGGAGUCGCCGAUGCUCCGCCCGCUGUCAUUCCUUCCCAGGGCGAUCUCCUGGGUGACCUGCUGAACCUGGACCUGGCUCCGCCCACCACCACCGUGCCCUCCAUGCCCCCUGCCAUGCAGAUGGGGGCUGUGGACCUGCUGGGUGGAGGACUGGACAGUCUGAUGGGAGACGAACCAGAAACGUUGAGCUCAGGGUGCAGCAGGGCGGAGCUUCAGUCUCCUCCUUCACACUCUGACUAUAGACAGGGACGUCUGGGUGGAGACCUCGGACCCAGUCCUGCAAUGGGCAUGGGUCUCGGGGGCGGUCCUGUGGGAAUCCCCGCAGGUCUUGGCGGUGCCCCGGCUGUCGGAGGCGGUCUGAGCGACCUGUUUGAUCUGGGUGGAGGUGUUGUCAUGGCGACAGGAGCCUACGUGCCUCCCAAAGCGGUGUGGCUCCAGGCGAUGAAGGCUAAAGGCCUGGAGAUCUCGGGCACCUUCGCCCGGAGGGGCGGGGCCAUCCACAUGGACCUGUCUCUCACCAACAAGGCCAUGAGCGUCAUGACGGACUUCGCCAUCCAGUUCAACAAGAACAGUUUCGGGCUGGCUCCGGCCGGGCCCCUGCAGGUCCUGACUCCUCUCAGCCCCAAUCAGACGGUGGAGGUGAGUCUCCCGCUCAGCACCGGCGGCCCGGUCAUGAAGAUGGAGCCGCUCAACAACCUCCAGGUGGCGGUGAAGAACAACAUUGACGUGUUUUACUUCAGCUGUCAGUAUCCCAUCAGUCUGCUGUUUGUCGAGGACGGGAAGAUGGAUCGUCAGGUCUUCCUGGCCACCUGGAAGGACGUACCCAGUGAGACUGAGGCACAGUUUCAGAUUAAAGACUGUCACCUCAGUGCAGACGCGGUCAGUAACAAGCUUCAGGGCAGUAACAUCUUCACUGUGGCCCGACGCACAGCCGACGCCCAGGAACUCCUCUACCUGUCAAUCAAACUCACCAACGGCAUCUGGGUCCUCACUGAGCUCCGCCUACAGAACACCAAUCACAUGAUGGCGGUGCGGUGUCGCGCCCCUGAGGUCUCCCAGUACGUCUACCAGAGCUUCGAGCUGAUCCUCCGUAACUGAUCCUCCACAGAGUCGGACUGGAACCCGAACCUGGACCGGACCGGAACCACCGAUGCCUCCUCUCAUCUCUCUUUCUCAAGAACACGAACACACACACACACACACGUACAUCACCCUCAACCUCAACCGCUUUUAAUCCCUCCUCCUUCUCCUCUUUUUCUUCUACACUGUUUAGUUUUUAAGAACGUUCAGAGGCUCGGGGUGUAUACGGGUCGGGACAGCGCUCACAUGUCUACUACUUCAUUCUUCAUUAUUAUAGGUGUGUGUGUGUGUGUGUGUGUGUGUGUGUGUGUGAAUUCACACAGCAGUCCACUUUUAUUAAACAUCCUUUAAACUCCUCUGUGUUUCCAUCCUGCAGGUUAAAAAUUCUCAAAAAAAAAUCAAAAAAAGGAAACGCUGUAACCGUGUUCUUUGAUCUCAGGAUGACGUCGCUAAGAGCUGGAGCUAAUCGGUUUAGCGUUUCUAAACCCCAGACUCACCUCAGGAGGCGUUCAGUCCACUAACACUAUCACAAACAUCUUCGCGCUGUAAUCCCGCCUUCAUGUGUUUAGGCCACGCCUCUUUCCUGAAUGUUAGCCUCGUUAGCCUGAUGAUCCCGAUGUAACACUAAGCAAGUAGAGUACACACACACACACACACACACACACACACGCUGGACCGGUCACGUCUGACUGCCCCAGGGUGACAUGUCUCAGGAGUGUAUUCUGCCCCCGUGGGCGGGGUGGGGG